UUGUGCGCUCCUCUAGCCGGGGUAGGAGCCGGUCCUCUGGCCUCUUGGCACUUGCACCAGGCCGUGGGCUCGUAGAGGAGAGAUCACUAGAGAUUUUUCACUAAGACGAUGCUAGGUAUUUUUCUUUUUGGCAGGAAAGACCAAAAUUUUAAAGCGGUGAUAGGACAAGUAGUAAGUAGUCUGCCUUGAAUCCACUGAUUUGCACCAGAUGAUCCUAAAGACCACAUGUAAUAAAAGUAAAGCAUCAGACACCAUUUGGAUAUAAUGUUUACUUUAGGUUGGAAAUAGAAUUGAGAAUGCUGGCCAAAUGUGGCGAAUUUUUUUACCUCAUUUUUUUGAAGAUAUGUAGCUCAUUCAUUACAUGGUCAUUCACUUUUAUUCAUUCACAUCACAGCUGUCCGUUCACUUGUUUUCUGAGUUUGAAGUGCUGAGAAACCUAAACCUAGCCUUUCCCUCACAGUUUCUCCAGGCCGAAAUCCACAUGCACAUUCUUUAUUCCCUCUUUCUUUCAUUCAUGACAUAACCUAUUCCGGUUGGUUUUACCUCUAGGUAUUUCAAAUUUGUUCACUUUUUUUCUAAUUCAAAUACUUUACCCAAUUCAGGUAGCAUCUAGAGUUUUACUACCAAAUUUAGUGAAAUAUAUUACUUAAUCUUCAGAAGAGAAGAGAAUUAGAGAAGAGAAUUAAGCAAAGGUUAAUCAUCACACAAAAGAUAGCAACACAAACCCAAUAGCUAUCAGUUUGAAAAUGUAUUCGACAGAAAAUUCGUUCACAAAAACUAAAGUACAGAAGAAAUACUUUUGGAUUUUUGCCAAAAUAUUAGGUGAAGGAUGGUAAUGAAGUGUAGUGAACUUCCCUAACUUGAAGGUCUGUAGUCUGUAAAAAUUUUACCCUUAGUAAUUUGCCUUUUAACAGCCUAUGUAUUGUUUUCCAUGCAUAAAUAUUUUUGUUGGCUUUAAAUGCAAUCAGAUGAAUCUUUUAUAGCUUCUGGGUCUUUUCUUUCCUGGUGGUUUUAGGAUGGGACUACUCAUUUGAGCCCCUGCUAUGUUUUGAGGCAUUUUUCUAGGCCCUGGGGAUGUAGCAAUAAUAAAUAGUACAUAAUAAACAGUACAUAAAUAACUCAUUUUAGGUGAUGAUAAAUGCCAUGGAGGAAAUGAAAGUAGGUUGGAAUUGCUGUUUAAGAUAUGUUAAGACUGUUUAGUAGGUACCCAGGUACUUGUGCUGAAUAAGAAGUUGACUUUGCCUGCCUGGCUUAAAUCUCACCUUCACUUUUUACUGUGACAAGUUACACAGCUCUCUAAUUCAUUUUUCUCAUCUGUAAAGCAGGCUUCUAAGUAGUAGUAUGUAUUGCAUAAGAUUGUUGUGCUGGAUGUAAUCGUGCACAGAAUCCUGAAUAAGCAUCAUGUAAGUGUUAGCUGCUACUGUUACUGUUAUUGUCAUUAUUGCUCUGCUUAAGGAGAGGUUGCUUCAUAUUCUGUAAGAUGAUUCAUUAGUGAAAACUAGAACAGUAGAGCUUCAUAGUAUUUGGUGUAUUGGCUGUUAAUACGGAGUCUUCUGUAGAAGACUCACAAUUUGGUACUUCAUCUGAUGGAUGUAACUCAGAAGAUGACUGGGGACAGAUCAGUGCUAAAACUGUUGAAUCGGAUGAAGCUGAAAAGCUGGAGAUCCUUAAAUUUGAAAGAAGCACAAAGCUACCAUUCACAUCCCGGUGCUGGCAGUGCUUUUCCAUGGCAAUGAUCUUUACAGAAAGUACUAAUGUCUAAAUCUUUGCCUUUAUCUGGCUUGUAACUCAUCUUAAGCCAGAGUUUUUAUUCAGAAGUCACUACUUGCUAAGAUACAGUUGUCCUCAGCCCCCUGUAUUCAUAGACUCAACCAUUACUUUGAUUUUCCUAUAAAUUUUAUUGGUUCCUUUACCAGUUACUUAUAUUUCCUGUCUUCAUCUUUCUUGGUUUCUUUUACAGUUUUGCUGGAAUGAAUAUCCUCAAGCAUUUGUCUCAGAUGUGAAUGCAUGCUUUUCAGUCCUUAAUCGAUGAUGAAAUAGAUGAUACAGAAGUUGAAGAAACACAAGAAGAGAAAGUAAAAUGGAAAGUAAAACUGGAGCGUGAACAAAUUCCCAAAAAAUCUAGGCACUUUGGAAAUUCUACAUCGUCAAAGAAUUUGUCAUAUAGAAAAUCAAGAAGUAAGGACUAUGAUGUAUAUAGUGAUAAUGAUACCUGCAGUCAGGAAUCAGAAGAUACUUUUGCGAAAGAGCUUCAACAGUAUAUACAAGCUAAAGAAAUGGCAAAAGCUGCUCAAUCUUUAUGUGCUGAAGAAUCUCUGAAGAAAGAUGUUGCAAAGGAUACUCAGAAAGCUGUUAAACAAAAAAAUAAAAGCCUUAAAGCUAUUCACAAGAAUGGUAAACAGAAGAAAAUGAAGCGAAAAUGGCCUGGCACUGGGGACAAAGGAUCAAAUGCUUUACUGAAGAACAGUGGUUCACAGGAACAGGAUGGUAAACCUAAUGAAAAGCAGCAGCAUGUGAGAAUGAGUCAGGAAUUCAUCAACCAACAUACAGUGGAACGCAAGGGAAAACAAAUUUGUAAAUAUUUCCUUGAAAGGAAAUGUAUUAAGGGAGACCAGUGUAAAUUUGAUCAUGAUGCAGAGAUAGAGAAGAAGAAGGAAAUGUGUAAGUUUUAUGUACAAGGAUAUUGUACCAGAGGUGAAAACUGCCUGUAUUUGCAUAAUGAAUAUCCUUGCAAGUUUUAUCAUACAGGAACAAAAUGUUAUCAAGGAGAUUAUUGCAAAUUUUCUCAUGAUCCACUGACUGCUGAAACACAAGAACUAUUGGCUAAAGUUUUGGAUACUGACAAGAAGUCAUCAUGAAAAUAAAAUAUAUAAAAAAAGCUUUGAUUGAAUGAAGAGUGCUUAUGUCCACCUGUUAAAGACAGUUCAAGACUGAUGGAGUGGUUUGAGAUUCCUUAUUUAAAGCGCCCUCUUGUGUCAUUGUGAUGGCAUGCACUUCUUUUUUUUUUUUUUUUUUUUUAAAUAGA